CACGACUCGACCCGACCAGCUACUCAGCCGACGGAGAGUGGACCCAUGUGCAGCCACUAUCAGGAUGGUCAGACAGAUAUGCCGAGCCCCUCAGAGAGCUCUUUGCCUGCUCGACUGUCUGCGACCUGCCCUGGCAGCUGUGCAGACUCGUCGCCUGUCACACUCUCUAGCGACUGGAUCGAGUGACUCGGCAGAACCUCUGAUGGUGCUCAGCGAGCGACAGCAGGGCUCUGCUCGCACACACAGGGUUGAUCCUCGCGUCAUGUUGCAAAGACUCGCAGAGAUCGCUCUGCCAGCAGACGAGCAACCCAAACGCAGAGCAGGCGAUGCUGCUGAGCCACCACAGAUUGUGUAUGAUCGUGCUAUGCGGUCCAUCUGGCGCGGCUUCCACAUAGCCGGAUGGAAUGCGACCUCGUUUGAUCACAAUGUCGUCCGACGCUACCCGAGGCAGCACAAAGACUACGAAGCCGUCUGGCAUUCCUGCAUGACAGCUGGCUGGUGCAAGAUACACGCGCUCGGCAUGGCAUCUCGUCUUCGUUUGGAAGUGCUCCAAGGAUUGAGGACGAUCGCAAUCUGGCAAUGCAAGCGCGCGCACACACAGCCCAUGGCCCGCAUGAGUACCAACCGCUGGAAAGCUUGUCGUGACAUAUUGCUCGAAGAAACGCUCCGUACAGACACAACAGAUGAGAAGAGAAGACCCGGCAGUUCUCUCGCUCAGUGGGCUUGGCGAGAGGCACUAGUGCCCAGUCAUCAUGCUCGUCAACGCGUCUUCGAGAUCCAAGAUCUGCUCGUCCGCCGACUACAGGCCACGAGUGGGUCGGAGGAAAGAGUCAAGCUAGCGGGCAGUUUCUUCUCUGCCUUUAUCGUCGCGCACUCGCUCGAGCCUACUUCGCCGCCACUGCCUUCUUUGCUGAAGACCUGGCUAGCCGCUACCAACGUGUCUCUCGAUACAUUGGUAUCAGAGUCAUGGCUCUGCGAGGCUUUCACAAAGACGGACAGUGCCACACUUGCUGCUCGUCGGAGGGCACUCGACUGGCUAUGUCAGUUCAGUUUCGCCCAAACGUACACAGCGAUCGGUCAGGCCGGUUGGCGAGCGAGAUGUAUCCUCUGGAUACGCCGAUCCGAACGAGCAAAGGCGCUGCAUACAUGGCAAGCACUCAGGUCGGCUAGCGACCUCAGCAAGCCCGACGGCUGGCUACUCACUCAUUGGGAGGACGCUCCUGAACUCGACCUGCCUCCUUCUACGCAAGCAGAACAUGGCGCAAGGACACACAGCCUCGACACAGCGCGCCUGACGCCGGAGGUAGUCGCAAGCUUCUUGGCUGCCUUUGUGCAGCUUGGCAUGGUCGAAGAGGCAAGGUCACUCUGGCAGUUCAUUCACGAUCGAGGUCACAGACCGACUGCGACAGUCUGGUUGGCGCUCUUGGACAGUCAUGCUCGCCGUCUCGAUCCAGACGCGGCGCACGAUACCUUUGAUCGCAUGAAGCGUUCUGGUAUCGAGCCUGAUGCUUCGGCCUGGGCUGCCCUCAUCACUGCUUACUUUCGAGCUUCGGAAACCGAGACCGCAAUGAAGUAUAUUGAUGUCAUGCUGGCUAAUCAGACUUUGCUCGCUCGUUAUCCCAACGGCAUUCUACCUCGCGCUGCAAUGAAUCAGAUCAUAGGCGGUAUGAUGCAUAGCCGAAGAACGACAGAGGCAAUGGCUCUCAUUGAACAAAUGAUUACUUCUGGCGCUCGUCUCGGCAUCGAUACGAUCAACAUCUUGCUAGACUACCAUGCUCAUAGGAAGACACCGAGCUUGCAGGGUAUCGACGAGGUAUUGCAACUCAUGGCAAGGCACAAGCUUGAGCCUGACGUGAGGACUUACACCACUCUGAUCGAUGCUAUGCUCUCGUCCGGGCAGCCUGAAGCCGUGCCCGGCUUGUGGAAGGCAAUGUCAGAUGCUAAAGUGACGCCCAAUAUUGCCACGAUUACGACAGUUAUCGAUCAUAUGGCAAAGAGCGGAAGGCUUGAAGAUCUUCGAGCGGCCGUCGCCAUGCUCAGAGAGGCCGAAGCGACUGGCCUGCAGACCAACGAGAUAACGUAUACUUGUCUCAUACAAGGCUUUCUCAAGCUUGCCCUAACUGCAGCACCUUCGGCGGAUGCUCUCCGAGUAUACCAAAGCUUCAAAAUUGGUACGCUGCCUUCUGGCUCAUCUGCGGACGGAUCUGCAUUUGCGAACAACCUCGGGCUCCUGGCAGCACAAGGACUGGUCGAACGAAUGAGACGACGCAACAUCGCACUCAACCGGAUUGGCUACAACAUGUUCAUGUCUGCCUAUCUCUCCCUCGGGAGUGAGUACGGCAAGGCGAUGGCGCUACAGUUCUUCGAUGAGAUGAGAGCUCGUAGGGGGAUCCACAGCGAUGACGCCGUCGAGGGAGCCACAACGGGCCAGCUCCAUGCCGAUUCGUGGUUUACCAUCUUGAACGGUCUGUGGACUAUGGGCGCCAGCGAUGAUGCGCACAGACUGGUCGACAUGCUCGCCGCAGACGGCUUCGAGAUCCGCAGCGCGUCUCUUCAUCGGCUCGUCAAGCUCAUACGAGCCUAGACUAGACUUGAGUGUCAAGUAUGGCAUGUAUGUCUGCAUGCAUCAUUAGCGCUGUCCCGCUAGAGACGGUGAUGACUGACUGUCGACAAUGUCAAGAUAAGCCUGCGUUGCAGGAGAUUCGGGAUAUUCGUCUAAGAAGCUCUUGCCGAAAUCGCAGCAUUUGCCGAUUCGAGG